UUUUUUUUUUUUUAGUCUGUUUAAUUGAUUGGGGAAAAAUUGGGGGAAUUUCAUAUUCUUGUCUUUGGGAUUUAGGGUAAGAAAUAGUCUAGAAAUGAAUAAAUUUAGGGUUUUAAUGGAGGUGGGAGUUUGCAGCUGGGAUUAACAUGGUGGAGGAGGUGUUGCUAAAUUAUAAAUAUUGGGUUUUCAUCAAAGUGGUCAUUGGUUUUAAAUUAGUUAUCUAGAAUCUCCCUCUCGGAAAAAAAAAAAAAAGGGUAUAUAAUUUCGAAAUGGGAGAUACACUUCUAACUUCUUUAUCAAUGGAGAAUCACCACCCUUCGACAAUCUUAUCCAUGGAUUCAAGUGCCUCGUCCUCUCACGAAGAAUUAGAUCUCGAAAUGAACCGCCAUCAACUCAUUUUAACCCGCCCGCCCGAUAUCAAUUUACCCCUUUCAGCCGAACGAAGCCCGCCACCACUACUCCCGUGGAACCCCGAUCCUUGUGACAUUCUUGAUGUAGGGCUAAGCACUCAAAUAUACGAAACCGAGAGUUUUCUCGCUCUUCCCAAAGCUGGUAAAAAAUGCUCCAAAAGGGUUGACAGCAUAUGGGGAGCUUGGUUCUUCUUCAGCUUCUACUUCAAGCCAGUACUCAACGAGAAAUCGAAGGCUAAGAUAAUCCGCGAUAGUAACGGAGUUUCGGGUAUCGAAAAAUCCGACCUCCAGCUCGACACGUUCAUGGUUCAACAUGAUAUGGAGAAUAUGUACAUGUGGGUUUUCAAGGAAAAACCCGAAAAUGCCCUCGGCAAAAUGCAGCUCAGGAGUUAUAUGAACGGGCAUUCUCGUCAAGGAGAGCGUCUUUUCCCUUUCAGCGCUGAGAAAGGCUUCGUUCGAUCCCACAGGAUGCAGAGGAAACAAUACCGAGGUCUUUCUAACCCUCAAUGUGUGCACGGAAUUGAGGUUGUGUCUUCCCCUAAUCUUAUUGGUCUAGACGAAGAAGAUAGAAAAAGAUGGGCGGAACUCACCGGAAGGGAACUCAACUUCACUAUCCCACCCGAGGCUAGUGAUUAUGGCUCGUGGAGAAAUCUGCCCAACACCGAGUUCGAACUCGAAAGAGAAAGACCACCUCCUCCAUUGAAGGUCAACCCAAAUUCUCAUUCGAAGAAGUUGCUUAAUGGAUCUGUGCUGAAUCUUUCGACGCAGCUCAACAAUCAUAAUAGCAAUGGGGAUGUUGUGAUCGAUUUAUCUCCUGUCGGGGGCAGCAAACGUAAGAAAGAUUGUUUUCUACAGGGGAGUGAUGAUGGUUGCUAUUUAGCCCCUGAUUUGGACGCUCACCCAAACGGGCCCCACUGGUUGAACGAAUUCAGCGGAGUGCUGAGAGAUGUUUACGGCCCAGUUACAGGUGCAAAGACAAUCUACGAGGAUGAACAAGGUUAUCUGAUUGUAAUGAGCUUGCCGUUUGUGGAUCUUCAGAGGGUGAAAGUUUCUUGGAGGAAUACACUCACUCAUGGUGUAAUUAAAGUGUCUUGUGUAAGUACAUCAAGAACACCGUUUAUCAAGAGACAGAACAGGACUUUUAAGCUUACGGAUACUUUGUCGGAGCACUGUCCAGAGGGAGAAUUUGUCAGAGAAAUCUCACUCUCGACUCGAAUACCUGAAGAUGGGAAUAUAGAAGCGUACUACGAUGGAUCGGGCACUGUGCUAGAGAUAUUGGUGCCGAAAUUACGGGAGGGGCCGGAAGAGCAUGAAGUUCGUGUCUGUCUUCGUGCGCACAAUGGAGGCAAUGAUGAUAAUAAUCUCACGUUGACUUAAAAAGUCAACUUGGUGGGAAAAGAAGGCGGGUUUGUUGGUCGUUUAACAUUUGUGUCUUAAUGGUUUUGUAAGGUUGUGUUUACAAGCAACCUCCAGUUGCUGUGGCUAUUGCAUCUGAUUAUCCUUUUGUAGUUGUAACUGCUUUUGCAAUGGAAAUUAUAUUUGAAUUGUUAGCUGAUUCGACCCCGC